AUGAGGUUGAAUCUGUUUCCGUUUCUCCUCACAUUUACCAUUCUAUCCCUAUCCUCCGACGUCCUAUCCACCUCCGAUCUAAUCCUCACCAAGGUUGACCGUCGUAUUGAUCUAUCAUCGCAAAUUGUUCGCACCAUUACUUCUCUAAAGGUAGAGAAUGCAGGAUCUGAUGUUGUAUCGGAAGUCUGGUUGUCUUUUCCUGAUAGCCUUGCAAAUUACUUGGCAUAUUUGAAAGCAAUAGUUAAUGAAGGAAAGGGAAAGACGAAAUCAUCUUCUGUUGCUGGUUUACCUUAUGAAAUUGUCCAGCCGAAAGAUGCUCCGGCUUCCUUGAAAAUUUAUUCAGUAACUUUACCUAAAGGCCUUGCGAAGGGAGAGAGUUUGACAUUGGAUGUCUUGGCGGUUUUCACUCACAUUUUGCAACCAUUUCCGGAGAAAAUUACUCAGGCUGAUAUCCAGCUUCUGCUGUUUCAAGAGACUGCGCAGUAUCUUUCUCCUUAUCUCGUGAAGGCUCAAUCACUCACUGUUAGAUUACCCGAGGCAAGGGUAGAGUCCUACACAAAAUUGGAAAGUACAAAACUUCAGGGUUCUGAAUUGAGAUAUGGUCCUUACGAGGAUAUUCCUCCAUAUUCAUACUUACCAAUUGUUAUCCACUUUGAGAAUAAUCAUCCGUUCGCUGUUGCUAAAGAGUUGGUACGGGAGAUUGAGAUUUCCCAUUGGGGAAAUGUGCAGAUCACUGAGCAUUAUAAUCUUGUUCAUGGCGGUGCUCAGAGCAAAGGAGAAUUCUCUAGGUUUGACUAUCAGACCAGACCGUAUGUAAGGGGUGCAUCAGCCUUUCGGCGUCUUGUUGCUAAGCUGCCACCAAGAGCUCAUUCUGUGUACUACAGGGAUGAAAUCGGCAACAUUUCCACUUCUAGAUUGUGGGGUGACUCAAAAAAGACAGAACUGGAGAUCGAACCCAGGUAUCCAAUUUUUGGUGGCUGGAAAACUGCUUUUACUAUUGGAUAUGGGUUGCCACUUCAGGACUUUUUGUUUGGCAUUGAUGGAAAGCGCUUCCUUAAUAUUUCGUUUGGUUCCCCCUUUAUCGAGUUGGUAAUUGACACUCUUGUUGUGAAGGUUGUUUUGCCAGAGGGUUCAAAAGAUACUUCAGCAUCUGUUCCAUUUUCUGUGAAACAAAGACAUGAGACAAAGUUUUCUCACUUGGAUAUUGCUGGUAGACCUGUUGUUGUGCUGGAGAAAAACAAUGCUGUGCCUGAGCAUAAUGUGCAUUUUCAGGUCUAUUAUAAGUUCAACAGACUUUCUAUGCUCAGGGAGCCAUUGAUGUUGAUUUCUGGGUUUUUCUUUCUAUUUGUUGCCUCCAUUGUCUACAUGCAUGCAGACUUAUCAAUCUCCAAGACUUCUGCAUCUUAUUUGGCAAAGCUCCAAUGGGAAGAGGUUCAAGCAACUGUUCAUCAGAUCCAUAAUAUCAUUAGCCUUUGCUUAACAACACAUGACAAGCUCGAAGCGUCGUUGCGUGAUCUUUCCAGGUCAGGAGAUAUUCAAGCAUGUAAAGCAACCCGAAAAUCAGUUGAUAGUUCGUUGAAAGAGAUCACAAAAGAGUUAAAAUCACCAGUAGCAUUCUUGCAGUCUUCUCCACAAGCCACACCAAUAUUAUCCAAGGUCGAGGAAGUUAUUGCCAAGGAAAGAGAUUUGCAGGAGAAGCUUAUGGCAAAACACUCUACUGUUGUUGACUGUUACGAGAAGAAGCUAGGAGGAAGGGAAAUUGAGAAUCGUAUUGCUUCACAUCAGCAGAAAAUUACAGCUCUGAGGCAAGAAAUUGACGAUCUUCUGGACCUGAUUGAUGAGAUAUGA